AUGGAGUCUGCAAGAGCAGGAGGAGAAAGACACCUCCCUGAGGAAGAAGACGCCGAGAAGCACCAGCGCCACAGCUGCCGUCCUACUUUUACUCUCUCUCCUCCCCCUUCCUCCUCUUCUUCAUCCUGUUCGGCCCGGUGGACCCCGCCGCAGACGGAGUCAGCAGGUGAUCACCAUCCGUCGGUGAGCGGCAGCUGCAUUUCUCCGGAGAAGGAGUUCAUGUUCGACAAGGUGGUGACCCCCAGCGACGUUGGAAAGCUCAACAGGCUCGUCAUCCCCAAGCAGCACGCCGAAAGGUACUUUCCUCUUGACGGUUCCACGAACCAGAACGGCCUGCAGCUCGGCUUCGUGGACCCCUCCGGCAAGCCAUGGCGGUUCCGCUACUCCUACUGGAACAGCAGCCAGAGCUACGUCAUCACCAAGGGAUGGAGCCGCUUCGUCAAGGAGAAACGCCUCCGCGCCGGCGACACCGUCUCCUUCUGGCGUGGCGCCGGAGAGGGCGGCCGGCAGAUGUUCUUCAUAGACUGGAGACGCCUCCCCGACAAGCAAGACCUGCAAAACCCUUCGUCGUUUUUGUCCUUCUCUAGGGCCGGGGUCCCGUGGCCCCCCCUCAUCUCGCCUCCGUCGACUUCUGCCGGAGGGCCGAACCGCCACCUGGGCUACAGCUACCAGUCUGCCGCCGCCGCUGCAGAGUCGAACCCGUAUUUAUGCUACAAAUCGAUGGCGGUGCAACUAGGGAUCGGCAGCGGAGGCCGAGUCGGCGAUAGAGUUAUUGACUCGUUUCCGGUGGUCAACGGCAGUCCACUGGCUAAGAGGGUGAGGCUAUUCGGAGUGAAUUUGGAUUCCUCUCCGGAGAAAGUUGACCCAGACGGGAACGUGUCGGUGCGUUCCCGUCUCCCGCCUCUGGCGCCGCCUUCUCUCAGAUUGAGCGCCGGGGGUUCGGAGAUGGUCGGGUUACAGAUGAAAGAACUGAGGUGA